AUCCUUCAGCUGUUAAUGAACAAAAUAAUUAUGCUUUUCAGGGAGCCUGUGGUGCGGUCAAAGUCAAAUUCACUGAGUGACACGUUGGCUAAUCCAGACACCACGAAAGCCAAGUUGAUUUCUCGAAUGGCGAAGAUGGGUCAGCCAAUGCCAUUUCUCACAGGAACGCUCUCUGCACAACCUGACUCCAGUGACUCAGAGCUUGAGGAUCAUUCAUUGAAGGGCACCCCACAUGCUGCUCCAUCUCCUGCCCCAUCAUCGGUUCAGCACACUGCACAUCCUGUUCACAAUCUGCCUCCACAGCAGCCAGCACCAGCGCCUGUUUCCAUGCAUGCAUCCUCCUCUGCCGCACUAUUGCCAGUCACACUUUCUGCACAACAAGGACUGGCUGGCAGUGGGCAGACCUUCCAGCCAUAUGCAGGGAUAUCCUAUGGUUACCCACAAGGUCAUGCUGCGCAGACUCAGAUUCAGACAGUUGCACCAAUGUACCCAGCCCAGGCACACCAGUAUCAAGCUGCUGGAGAUGUCACUUCCUUUAUGAUGACAGAGGCACGCCAGCAUAACACUGAGAUUCGAUUGGCUAUCAGUAAGGCGUCUGAUAAAAUUGACCAGCUUUCUCUUAAGGUUGAUGACUUGCAGAAACAUGUAAAUGGGCCCUCAUUUCCUGGCAUUUCAUCAGUAACAAUGGAAACCAGCAUGAUCAUGCAUAACAUCCAGAGAAUUAUCCAGGAGAAUGAGAGGCUGAAACAGGAAGUGUUUGAGAAAAGCAGUCGAAUUGAAGAGCAGAAUGGGAAGAUCAGUGACCUAAUCCAGAGAAACCAAAGAUAUGUGGAACAGAGUAAUUUGCUGAUGGAGCAGAGGAAUGACUCUCUAAUAUCUUCAACCGAGAAUAACCAGGCUCGUAUCCUGCUUGCAGAACAGGAGAAGGUUAAGGUGACUGAAGAACUAGCAAUUGCAACCAGUCAGGUUGCCAAGUUGCAGCUGGAGCUCACAUCCCACCAGAAGAAGGAGAUGGAGUUACGGAGCCAGCUUGCAUCAGCAUUGCAGGAGGCAGAGGGACAAAGACUACGGCUCAACAAUGUGGAAGUCCAGUUAACAGGUACAGGUUAUCACUCUGAUCACCUUGAUGUGCAAAUCCAUCAAGAGGAACGAGCUCUGUCUUUGUUCCUAUAG